CUUCACUGCCAUGGGCACUAUCGCGAGACUGCCCGUUGCCACCUGCAUAACAAACACAGAGGGCUGGCAAGCUAAAGGACGCACACCCUGAUCAAUCGAGACUCGGCUGCUUCGUCCACGGGGACCUCUGCCGCUUGCAGGACGUCAAGUCUUCAGCUUUUUUCUUCUGCUCAGUCUUCGCUUAUUCCACAUAUGUGACGGUGUAAACUUUCCCUUUUUAAGGUACUUCCAAAUGUGCGUCCUUUUAUAUAGUACCAUCCUAAUGCACUUUCCAAACAGAAACACACCAGCAAAGUCUAUAUGUAUAAUCUGAGCACAAGCAAGUUAAGUGUUCAGGUUCACACUGAAAAUCAGCGAUGGAACUGAUUCAGCAGCCUCCUUUUACAUUUCAAUGUCUUGACCAGAAUGCUUGACAAGCAAAAAUCAUUUGUUACCUGAAAAGAAUAACAAUGCUGAAAAAUGUUACAAUGUUUCAAAACCUAUUUUAACUCUGAGACAGGAAUUGUGAAUGUAAAAAGUUGAACCAAGAAAGCUAAUUCAAUAUGAAAUUCACAAACAGGCUGUGUUAAAUAUCUGUAAUCCUCCAGCUCACAAACCUUGCUUUAAUGAAUGGUGUGGAGCUGUGUAAAAAUGGUAUAGUUUCUGCGCAGUUCACCAAAGCAGUGCAUCAUGUAACCAUGAAGUGUCCAUCAAUCCAUGAUUUUACUCAUUCACUUUCUUUUCCACUUUUUACAAGACAAGGUUGCAAUGAGCCAGAGCCUAUUGCAAUAGCGGUGGUUGCAAGACGGAAACCAAGCCUGGAUAAGAUGUCAGGCAUUUAUAAAGGUGUCGCCAUUCAUCCAAAGCAUUUCUGCUUUUUCAAUGUAUGAUUGCAGUAACUCAUAGUUUAUUCCCAUAUUGUAGUUCUAAUGUGAGCCUGGAUGGAAUGGCAGCUCAUCACACCAGUAUUACCAUUCAUCUAUCUUCACAUUUUCUUACCCUGCAUUUCCUGUAACAGGUUCAUGGAAAACCUGUUUUGGCUCUAAUGGAUGAGAGGCUGGAGGCAGUCCUGGAUAGGGUACCAGCCCAUAACACAUGCCAUCAUCCAUGCUUUCAUUCAUCCACUUUCUCUUUUUACAUUUUUAAUACUCAGUUGUACAAAGUCAGAAUCUAUUUCAGUAGCAGUGGUGGUAAGGUAGGAACCAACCCUAAAAGGGUUGCUAGGACCAUUACAUGUGUAUUUAUCCAAUUUGCGAUUCGUCUUUUUCCAUAAUAUGGUCAUGGAGAGCCUGUACCAGGUGUAAUGAACAUAAGGAGAGAAGCAAAACCAGAUAGGACACCAGUCCAUUAUAAAUAUGUUACUGUUCAUCCAUUCUUACAUUUAUUUAGUCACUUUCUGUUCCUGCUUUUUACUCAAUUGAAACAAGUCAGGAUCUAUCCCGGGGCAGUAUUUGUGUGGUAUGAACCAAUCUGGAAGGAAUGCCAGCCAUUACACAUGAAUCUAUUCAUUUUCUGAUCCUGUUUUUUCAUAACAGGGUGAUGGAGAGCCUAUCCUGUUAUAAGAGGCUUAUACAUUUACAGGGAAAUUUUUUUUUGUCAUAAUGGAUGAAAGGCAAUAACCAAACACUGAUGAGGCUUUAGACCAUUACACAUGUGUUACUGUCCAUCCAUCCAUCAAUACAUUUUCUGUACCUGUUUUUUCCAGUAAAGUUUCACAGGAAAUUUAGGCUUAUCCUGGUAGAAAGGCUGGAAAGUGCCCUGCAUGGGACACACACGUUUACCCCAUUAGACCAGCUUAGAAUGGCCAAUCCAUCUAUUGUAUAUUUUUUAAAUAUCAUCUAAGUGGCCUUUUGAAUUUUGACUUAAUGAACACAGAUGCUCUCCUUUGUCCUAUGAUGAGUAAUCUGUUAUGCUCUGUUGAUGCUAACUGGCAGCAUGUUCCUACUUUACUGUAAUUCCUCUUCAGAAUAGCUUUCUUUUCUUUGUUUCAUAUCCGGUUCUUCCUGUUUUGAUUAGGUUAUGGAGUUCCCAGAGCACAGCCGGCACUUGCUGCGCUGUCUGAGUGAGCAGCGUCACCAGGGUUUCCUGUGCGACUGCACUGUUCUUGUUGGAGAUACACGGUUUCAAGCCCAUCGGGCAGUUCUGGCCUCUUGCAGCGUCUAUUUUCACCUCUUCUACAAAGAACAGCUGGACAAGAGAGACGUUGUUUAUCUGAACAGUGACAUUGUCACGGCACCAGCUUUUAGCCUGCUACUAGAAUUUAUGUAUGAAGGGAGGUUGGAAGUCCACAAUCUCCCCACAGAAGAUGUCUUGGCUGCCGCCAGCUACCUGCACAUGUAUGACAUUGUGAAAGUUUGCAAAGGUAAACUGAAGGACAAGGAGAUGAAUAUGUUACGGGAUGUCAGUAAGGAAAUUGGCCCAAAUGGCCACUUGGAGGAGGCUUGCAAUUUAGAGUUAUAUAAGCACCAACAGAAACUGUACUGGAGUUUGCCCUGGCAGCAGCGCCAGUUAUAUUCUGAUGCAAAGAGUCUCAAGUUUGAUCUGAGUGGCACAGAUUGUGAACGGGCUGCGCAGAGCAGACAGGAGGCUAACGGUCACCCUGGUGCAUCGCAGGGCCAUGUAUGUGUCAAUUAUGUGUCAGCGGAGGCCAAGUCCUAUGGCCGAACAGCUGGAAAAAAAAAAGCUGAUGUCGCUGGUUCAAUGGGAUCGGUGUCCCAGAGGUCCAAGUCCUCCAAUCAGGUUGAGUCGGCUCUGGAUUUGUCUGUGAAGUCACUGUCAAGCAGCAAUUUCCUACUUACCUCCUGUGUCUCAGGACAGCUGGCUGCAGACAACCAGCAGCAGGGCACCAAGUCACUUGUUAAAGAAGAACAUGAUUUCCUGUCAGAGCAAGAGGACAGUGAUCUGAUAAUCCCUGAAAACCGUCCCUUUGGGGAUUUGCCCAGGAAGGCAGUGGUGACAGGGUUCAUGGCCCUGCUCAAAUGCAGACAUGGCUCCUUAAAUGUACUUGGGCACCAGCGCGGUGUGUUAACGGAGCCAGGCACAGGGCCAAGCAGUGAAGAGGAUGAUGAUUGGAACCCCUCAGCCAUGUCCACCUCAAGUGAGGCACUUUCGCAGAUCUAUGUUUGCCCCAUUUGUAAAAAAGUCUUUUGGCAUGCUCAGAUGCUGCAGCUUCAUCGUGAUUCACACUUGAAGGAAACAGAAGAAGCACAACUCAGAUUACCUUCAAAUGGCACUGUGCCAACGUGCCAGCAAUGUGGAAAGACCUUCUCUUGCUUGUACACUCUGAAGCGGCACGAGCGCACCCACUCAGGGGAAAAGCCAUACACAUGCGGGCAGUGCGGCAAAAGCUUCCAAUACUCUCACAACCUCAGCCGCCAUGCUGUGGUGCAUACGCGGGAGAAGCCACAUGCCUGCAAGUGGUGUGAGAGGCGCUUCACUCAGUCAGGGGACCUUUACAGGCACAUCCGCAAGUUCCAUUGUGGCCUUGUGAAGUCCUUAAUGUUGGACUGACUAUACUAUAUAUAUAUAUAUAUAUAUAUAUAUAUAUAUAUAUAUAUAUAU